UCUAUGUAAACACAAGUAUAUGUGGGGUGUUGCGUGAAAAUUAGCUUUCUCUUGCUGAGCCACAAAGGCAUAGGCUCAAACUGCUUGUUUUGGACACGCUGGCUUCUUCUUUUUCUUGUGGACAUUAUGGCCAAUAACACAACGAGUUUAGGGAGCCCGUGGCCAGAAAACUUUUGGGAGGACCUAAUAAUGUCCUUCACUGUAUCCGUGGCGAUUGGACUUGCCAUCGGAGGAUUUCUCUGGGCGCUUUUCGUGUUCCUGUCUCGCAGAAGAAGAGCCAGUGCGCCCAUCUCCCAGUGGAGUCCCACCAGGCGACCCAGGUCUUCCUACAGCCAUGGCCUCAACAGAACUGGAUUCUACCGCCACAGUGGCUGUGAGCGCCGCAGCAACCUCAGCCUGGCCAGUCUCACCUUCCAGAGACAAGCGUCUCUGGAGCUGGCCAACUCCUUCCCCAGGAAAUCGAGCUUCAGGGCUUCAACUUUCCAUCCCUUCCUGCAAUGCCCACCGCUUCCGGUGGAAACCGAGAGUCAGCUGAUGACCCUGCCUGCCUCCACCGCUCCAUCCGCCAUCAGCACCCUGCACAGUCCGAGCAGGCCAGACUUCCGCUGGUCCAGCAACAGCCUGCGGAUGGGCCUUUCCACACCGCCCCCGCCGGCCUAUGAGUCCAUCAUCAAGGCAUUUCCCGAUUCCUGAGUCUGGACGUUAGUUGUUUUUAAUUCUUUUUUUUUUUUUAAAUUUUGUCUCUUUUAGAAAGGAAACGAUAUAUAGGGUAAACAGAAUUUUUGAGGUCAUGGCACUAAUGAUUGAUUUCCUAAGUUGGUAGUUUGUGAAAGCUGAACAUUACCCUGUAAGGCAAAGCUUCUUUUAAACACAGUUUUCUCGCUGAUGUCCCAUAAAAGUAUUUUUUUCUCAAAAAGUUCUAUAUUUAUGUAUUUUGAAUUGAGUGUGAGGCACUGAGUUAAAGAUACUGAUUAAAGAUUCUAACAUACAAAUCAUACAUAUUUAUAUGUUUUUGGUUAAAAAGACUUUAGAUGUUUGUUGUUCCGGGUUGCAGUCCCCCUUCACUUUCCCGCGUGACUGCCGACAGACAAAAGUCACUAAAUGAAGGAACUUUAAUGUUAUUCUCUGAGUAGUGAGUGACUCAGUAGCAUCCUAAGGAUCUUAGAGAUCUUGAAGCUCUCGUGAUGUGUGUACAAAAUCCCGUGAUUCUACUCAGUUAUGAAUGAGAAUCCAGCAAAAUAGCUAAGCCCCACUGGUGUUGUAAGAUGGUUCAGUUUGGACAUUUCACUGGUUUUUUUUUUUCCCCAAGACGGACUCAUUUUGUAGUUCCUGGACUUAAUAACAUGAGGAUUUAACAUGGUCAUUGUAGUUAUUACCAAAGCAACAGCACCUCCAAUUCUUUUGUCCUAAGCAGAAGUUUUUAUUUCACAUCAAAUUAUGUUUUUCUUUCUUGGAAUUGAAUCUCGUGGCUAAGAAAGCACUUUAUCUAGAGUAGUGUGGUGUGGGAAGCCUAGCCUGUGGGUCAUGACUCUUUUGGGGGUCAAAUGGCCCUUUUACAGUUACUGCAUAAGACCAUCCAAAACCACAGAUAUUUACACUAUAAUUCAUGACAGUAGCAAAAUUACAGUUAUGAAGUAGCAACAAAAAUAAUUUUGUAGCAUGAAGAACUGUAUAAAAGGGUCACAGUGCUGUUAGGAAGCUUGAGGACCACUGCUCUAAGGGGGAACUUCCCUCUUAAUUCUCUGGUCAAAUAAAGAUUGUUCUACAGAGAGAGAGAGAGACAGUCCACAGUGGAAACAUGCUGCCUCUCUGAAAAGCAGUUCCUCCUGGUCACCUCAGCCCCCAGGUACCAUGCCCCGGGUGAUGCUCUAUGAAUUCUGUCUCCCCUCCACUAAAGUCUUUACAAGGUGACUAAUCCAGGCCCAAUGGUCAUUGUAUCAGACAUCAAGAGGUAGAGGCUUCUUUAAUCUGGGAACCAGAGACUUUCAUUGCGCCAAGGAUAGGAAUUCACUGGGAGAUUAUUCAGAAGCUGAUCCAUCAAAUAUUUAGCUUGUGUUGUUGUUUAUUCUUCUGUAGAUUUGGGUUUGUGCUGAUACCCACUGGUGCCAGCUAGUGGUGUCUGAUCAUACCUCAAGAAUAUAACUAUUUGCGUAAAAGAUACCCUAAAGAAUAUCUUUAUGAGUUUCAUAUAAUUGGGACUAUGCAUUGUUCCCCGAGAGAAAUUAUUCUUCAAAUUAUCUACCCAAAUACCCUGUAAUUAAAUACGAAAGAGAAGAUGGAAGGAAAAAAAGCACUCAAAACAACAAGCUGUGAGGAGAGCCGAUGUAUUGGCAGCUGACUUUUUUACUAAGGAAAAUGUAAAAGCUGUAACAUAGCCCUGGUGAGACUGUGCGAAAGCACCAGCUGAGCAACAAGGCUAAUUUUAGGUUGCGUGUCAUCCUCAGUGUUUAACAUGAGGAUAAAAGAAGGCAUGGUUUUUAUCAAUGAUUUAAACUACGAAUGAAAACUGUUCCCAUCUCCCAAGGGAAGGAAAUGAGAGCAGAAGUCCUCUGGCUCAUUUGGCAGAACACCUGCUAAUUAAGCCCCAGUUAUAAAAUGACCAAUAGGAGUAUUUUAUAAAUAUUGUGAAUUGUAUGAAAUGUGAAGUUAAAACCAAAGCUGGAGAUGUUUUUAGUUGUAAUUGUUUUAUUUGAAAUGUUUUAUCAAUUGUGAAAUAAAACUGAUAAUCAAUUUCAA